UUCACAGACAUUCACAGACAAAUUCGUCUGCUUCGUGUAAAUUUAUGUGAUGAACGAGUUUAGAAUUUUUUAUUUCCUGCAUAAAUAUGGUGUACAUUAACAGAUAAUGGAUCUUUUGAUUGCCUACUUUACUGUUAACUUAAUAAAUUGUGUAUAAGCAAGCUAAACUCUGUUGUUUUUGAUAUAAUGGAGGAUCUCAAUUUGACAGAAACCGAAAUGAGAUAUUUCGGUGAUUUGUUUUUAUGUUGUGACGAGGAAUCCAAUGGGAAAAUACCAAUUUUGAAAGCAACGGAACUAUUUAGAUCAUCUAAUGUACCUAACGAUAUCCUAAAACAGAUCAUGGAUAUAAGCGUGGCACCUAGUAAUUCGGCAUCGCUGAAUCAUAUGAACAGAAAACAGUUUUAUUCUACUUUAAAAUUAAUAGCAGCUCAUCAAACAAAUGUAGCAUUGAAGCCUGAACUUCUGUCCACUCCUUUGGAUCUGCCCCUGCCAAGGUUUACAUGGGCACUUAAUUCCGAGGCUAGCGCAGACUUAAUACAGUUAUCUAAUUCACCUAAGGAACAACAUAUCCCUAAGAGAGAACGGAAUUUUAGUAGUAACAUUGGAGCGUAUGAACCCAUAAGAUUACAUUCCAAUUUGUCUGAUAGUGAUGUGCCACAAACUCUGUCUCAUGAUAACACGGAAGCUCUAAGCACUGACUCGGAAAUGGAGUCUGAAACAAUGUCACAGAGGUCAGACACACAUGGGCGACGAGGUAAAAAUGGAUCACCAUGGAGCACAGCCAGUGAAAGUCCAACACCAACCAACAGUGUAGCAGAGCGGGUGCAUCCAGUGUGGGAGCAUAGUGCCACAGGCCGUGGUGUGUGGCCCGCCAACACCGGCGAGGAACACACUAGGCUACUGGGCACGGAGGAGGAAUCAUCCGACCGACAUUCAUCCGAAGAAGAGGGCGAGCCAGAAGGAGAAGAGGCGACGAGCGACGCGUGGAGCAUCACCAACGAACAAGCGCAGCAUUAUGCGGCGCAGUUCGCGCAGCUGCGGCCCGACCGCGGGCUGCUGUCCGGCCACACUGCCAGACUGUUCUUCGAAAAGUCCCGACUAUCUGUGCCGGACCUACGCAAGAUAUGGCAGCUGUCCGACAUCAACAAGGACGGCAUGCUGUCUUUAGAAGAGUUCAGCAUCGCCAUGCAUCUCAUAGUCCUGCGGCGCGCCGGAGCGCCCGUUCCCUCGUCCCUGCCCCCCGCCCUGGCCCCCAAAGGAGACCCCAGGUACUCCCAACCUACUACAGAUCUGGUAGACCUAGGGGCCGACAUGUUCGGGUCCGGGACCUCCGCCGAUUUCAACUUCGCGCCUAAAACUGAAGCGCCCGAUCCGUACGAAACGAAGCCGAAACCCGACGACCGCGGGCCCUCCCUCACCCCGCCGAAGCCCGAUCCCCAAGUCAACAAUAAGGAGUGGACGAAGUUUGUCGACUCGCCGACUUCGAGCGUUUCAAGCCCCGGCCCUAAACCGGUCAAUUUCGACUUUCACAAGUCCGCUCUAGAGCGGGAUCCGAAGAUAUAUCACCCGGUAGCGUUGAGAGUGACUCCCGAUGUAACAGUACCUCACGGGGAGGAGCUGCGAUCGAGCACUUCACCGAGGCGAGACGACUUCGCCCACGCCUUUGAGCUAGCCAGCCCGAAGCGGCUGAAUCCAUCGACCGAACCGGCGCCCAAUGGAGCGCCGCAAGAAAUCAAAUCGAUCCAGCGCCCGCAGCCUAAGAAACCUUUAAAAAGCGCCGGAGUUUUACCUCCACCGCCAGCGCGGGAGUCGUCAGUGCACGCGGACGACGGCCCCGCGUCCCUACAGUACGCGCCCAAGAAGGAGCCGCCUCCGCCGCCGCCGCCGCGGCCGCUCCGCCACCACGCGCGCUCCAGCUCGCUCGACCUCAACCGCUUCAAGGCCGCUCCCGCGCCGCCCCCGCAGCCGCCCCCGCCGCCGCGCAUGUCCCCCUCCGCCGCCUCCCCGCCCCAGCGCCGCCUCGUCAACCAGCGCAGCGAGGGCGAGCCCGCCUUCCCGCCCGACGCGCGAGCCCCGAGGGGGGAGUACGACGGGGAGGGCUUCGGGUACAAUAGAGAGGACGCGCCGAAGAUGCACGGGGCGUUCGAGGUGUACCGGAAACCUAGUCGGGAGGGAUCGGCGGGCGCGGAGGAGCCGAGCGUGCGAGCGCUGCAGGAACAAAACGCAGUUUUACAUCGUGUGUGCCGCGCGCUGUGUGCCGAGUUAGCCGACGUGGCGCGCGAACGUGAGCAGCUGCGGGUGCGCCUGCUGCCUCGCGACGCCGUGUAGCCUCGUCCCGCGCUCGCGCCCGGCCGGCGGUGACACCCCGACGUGGGCGAUUGCAGUGCCACGAGACCGACGUAAAAUGAUUAUUUACCGUUAAAAAUAUAUUUCUAAUUCGAAGUACACGUUGUCUAUGGGGCAAGAGUACAUUUUUCGGGCGACGAUUGGUGAUUAUCCCUAAAAAAUAUAUGUUAAAGGCGCCGGCUGCGUGUGCGUCAAUGCGCGUGCGUAAUAAAGUUGCGAGCCGUACACGCACACGCCCCGCGUGUGGUGUGCAGUCCCUCAUAAGAAUCCGUAUAUUACAACGCGCACGUGCGUGCACGUCUACGCACAGUCGCACGCAUCCAGUAUGCAUGCGCCCUUUUUUUAAUGGUAUCUUCGGUAUAAAUUUGGAUAAGUUCAUGAGUAAGAUGCUGCGAUCGGCCAGUGUCACGAAGCCAUAAGAAAAAAAUACGCUUACAUCGCCUACUGCUUAUGAAUCGUUUUUAAAACAUGAUUGGCUGUAAAAAGGUCAAUAGUCCUUACUUGCUACCUAUCCCGUUUUCAGAUUAUACACGUUUUAAAAGUGCCUAGUUUUAAUAAAUAUUUAAUGUAUUAAAAAGGGCAAAUUUCUACAUAUUUUUUUACGAUACCUGCGUUUGAUCGAUACAUAUUUAUAUUGCUACUUUGAAUCGACAGACCGCUUGAAUACUUUUAUAAUAAUAUUUAAAGGACAUUUUAUAACAGGAUAGGUGGCCCGGCGAGCGGUCCAAAGCCCUGGUGCGAAGUAGAGUUAUCAUGUAUUUACCGUCAUCUAUUAUUGUAUCAAUCAUUUUGUAUUAUUUGAUGUAUAAUAAUCUCAAGAAACAAUGGGAAUAUUUUUACAUAUUUUACUUAUUAUAUCCCAGUCACGUAUAUCGAUAUAUUGUGAAAUAUCGAUAAUAUAGAAUAGUUUUUCGUUAUCUCACUGAGACAAAAACAAAAUUGAUACCAUUCCUAAUUAUUUUAAAUUGUAUAGCGGCGAUAAUCGAUAUGUAUUCGAUUACUUUUCGAACAAUAUACCUCGGCAAAUUUUACCCGAUACUGAUUUGCUUCGGCGUGUAAGUAGCUUUAAGAGGCUGUAUACUUGAAUCACACAUUUUUCUCCAUUUUUAAAUAAGUCCUAUAUAGUAUAAUAUAAAUUAUGUUAAUAACACAUUAAUAAUGAUAUAUGGAUAUUUUGUACUCUGGCGGCUUAAUAUAAUAAUCUCAAAAGAAAAAAUGAUCCUUGACUAUAUAACCUAGUAAUUGCUAUGUAUUAUGAUAGGAGUCAUCAUUAUUAGUCACAAACUUAACGUCAGUAUAUGUUUUAUUUUAUACAUCGCUUAGUGUUCACUUGUAGUUGCAUUUAGACAUAAUACAUUUCAUUGCAUGUCCGUCUAAUUUAUAUCUAUAAGUGCUAUUGAGUUCGCACACGAAAUACGCGCAAGUGA